AUGUCGGCGACGCCAACCUUUGUGAAAUCCGAGUCACAUGACCACGGUCCGGCGGGGCAGGAAGCCUCUCCAGCAUUUGCACCACUUCGGUCACUGUGCUCUGCCGCACCAGCCACGCCAACCGAUUCGACUUCGGCUUCUUCGUCCACCACGAGUCCCAUGUCAUCCACCAACGUCGGAUCGAAUCCUGGCAUUCCAGCCGUCAACGAGAGCCCACACUCGCAAACCAUGAAGACGGCACGCCCAUACCGAUCGCACAAAUAUCCAGCUUGUGCUCGAUGCCACAAACGGCGUUCAAGAUGCACCAUCGAGAUUCCCGGCCAGGCGUGCUUACUGUGUCGGAUGCAUGGCGUCCCCUGCUCUUCAGCAACCGCGAAAAAGGACGACAGGGUCACUCCCAAGAUCGGAUUUGUUCACAGAUCUCUUGUCGCCGAUGAGAAGUCCAUCGAGAGUUACUCGCACAUUGUUGGCCCCGUUAUUGCGCGCGACACCCAAAUCCUGGACCAAUAUCUGCCUCAAGUCAACGGCCAGUCCCACCAUGUCCCGAUCCAACCAAACCUGGGCCGCCGCGAGUCGAAUAAACCCAUCUACCAUGUUCCGAUUCCCCCAAGAAGACCGAGUCCCACCGAGUGCAAUUGCUCGAGAAACUUGCCAGGUGAACUCCUGGACCAGGUGGAGCCCUUCCUGGAGAAAUUGCUGACCAACUAUUACGACCACGCUCAUCCAUGUUAUCCUGUCACCGAGGAAGACUGUGUAAUGUCUCGCAUCAAGGAGAAAAACUCCCUUCCUCAGACCUUUUUUGUCAAUCUCGUCAGCCAUGCACUGUUCUACUGGAACGUUUCGCCAGCUCUAGCGAAUCACGCUAGACCUGAUCAGGACGCCGCAUGGCAGGUGGGCGUGGCUGCAAACAUUGCGGAUAUGCAGAAGAGCGAUAUAGCAACCGUAAUCUCCAUCUGCAUAAAUCUGGCCGGGAGACCUUCCCGUUGCUUGGUCAACAAUGUUGCGAACGUAGCUCGAGCUGUUGCUCUGUCUCACGCCAUUGGGUUGAAUCACGACUGCAGUGAGUGGAAGCUGCGUGACAUGGAGAAGCGAGUACGCUGGAAAGCUUGGUGGGGCGUUGUUAUCCAGGAUCGGUGGUUCAAUUUCGCCCAAGGCACUCCUCCGUAUAUUUCAAAAGGCCACUAUGAUGUUCCGAUUCCAUCAGUCGAUCUACUCACACAUGGGAGAACGGGUUCGAUGAAACACAUCCGCGCCGCAGAGGUGUACAUUCGGUUGUGUCGCCUGACUGAGAUCGUUGGCGACGUACUGCCAUUGAUCUAUCACAUUCGCUCUGGCAACGACAGCAUUGCCGCCGAACAAACAUCAAGGUCGGAGAUUGAACUUAACCGCUGGGUGGAGAGUCGUCCGAGCUGGCUAAAUCUGAAUGACUUCCACAACAGACCGCCAGUCCCUGGGUUGGUCAACCUGCAGCUCUCCUAUCUGUCUGUGCGAAUGCUGCUUCGGCGAAUAGCGUGGCAUGAAAUCAGCCAACGAGAGAGUGAUCCAGCUUCAUCCUGGCUAUUAGGCUGCCAGGCUGCAGCAGAGGACAUUGUUAGAUUCGUCAGCUCGCUGCACAAACAGGACCUCUUGGGCUUUUGGUUGCCUUACAAUGCACACCAUUUUACUUCUGCUGUUACGUUGCUUCUUCGGUGCGCACUCCAGACCAGCUACUCGAGUGUUAGAGCACAAUGCAUGGCCAGUGCCCGGACACUUGUUGACGCGCUCCGAAGGUUCCAUGAGGAAGACAAUUGGGAUUUGGCGGAGACUGCCAUCUCACAGAGCGAGACGGUCCUCAAACGGAUCGAAGAUUCUCUGCCACAAACGCCUCUCUUGAGAACACCAAAUAUUCCACCUGCUGCUCUGCGAAACGAACAGAUGGAUGCCCACGACUACCUAGAUGACAACAUGAUGGGCGAUCAAGUAUCUGAUGACGCCUUCUUGACACCACAUGGGCAGUCAUCCAUUGAGGAACUGUUCCCAGAGAUUUUCGCUGAUUUCACUGAUACGGCUUUCUUCACCGGCUCGUCGCAGCUAGAUAUCAACAUCUGA